CGAAAACAACGUUUAGUAGGACCACGUUUUUCACUUUCUGUUUGCGGUCACCGAAAUGGCAGAGGAGGAAAUCGAUAUAAAAACAUUAGAUUCUACAAAAGCUGAGGACAAUGUCACAUUUCAGUCACUGGGAGUUGUUGAUGUUCUGUGUGAAGCCUGUGAACUGUUGAAAUGGAAAACUCCGACCAAGAUCCAAAGGGAGUCGAUUCCAGUUGCACUGGAAGGUCAUGAUGUGAUAGGACUUGCCGAGACGGGGUCGGGUAAAACUGGUGCAUUUGCCCUCCCCAUAUUACAGACGUUAUUAGAGUCGCCACAGCGAUUGUACGCACUAAUUCUCACACCAACUCGAGAACUUGCCUUCCAGAUAUCAGAACAGUUUGAAGCUCUCGGCUCCACCAUUGGUAUUAAAACAGCUGUGAUAGUUGGAGGUAUCGACAUGAUGACGCAGUCUCUGACACUCGCCAAAAAACCACACAUUGUUAUUGCAACACCCGGCCGCCUUGUGGACCACCUGGAGAACACAAAAGGUUUCAGUCUCCGAUCUUUGAAGUAUCUUGUUAUGGACGAAGCUGACAGAAUUUUGAACAUGGACUUUGAGCAAGAGGUUGACAAGAUUUUAAAAGUAAUUCCCCGAGAGAGGAGGACAUACUUAUAUUCAGCUACUAUGACAAAGAAAGUGGCCAAACUACAGAGAGCCUCGUUAACCAAUCCAGUCAAAGUUGAAGUCUCCACAAAAUACCAAACAGUUGAAAAACUGCAUCAGUCAUACAUAUUCAUUCCAGUCAAGUUCAAGGACGUGUACCUGGUGUACAUCCUCAAUGAGCUGGCUGGGAAUUCAUUCAUCGUCUUCUGUAGCACGUGCGCCAACACGCAGCGAGUUGCCCUGAUGCUGCGCAAUCUCGGCUUCACCGCCAUCCCACUUCACGGCCAGAUGAGUCAGGCCAAAAGACUGGGAUCCUUAAACAAGUUCAAAAGUAAAGCCAGGUCAAUUCUCAUUGCCACUGAUGUAGCUAGCAGAGGUUUGGACAUCCCCCACGUAGAUGUGAUCAUAAACUUGGAUAUCCCGACCCACUCCAAGGACUACAUCCACAGAGUAGGACGAACGGCUCGCGCUGGGCGGGCGGGAAAAGCCAUCACAUUUGUUACACAGUAUGACGUAGAGCUGUACCAGCGUAUCGAACAUCUGAUUGGGAAGCAGCUGCCGCUGUUUAAGACGGAGGAGGAGGAGGUCAUGUUACUCAUGGAGAGAGUCAGUGAGGCGCAGAGACACGCUAAAAUGGAGAUGAGUGACGGUGUGCAGGGAAGGAAGAAGAAACGACAUCACCAAGACGACGACAAUGAUGACACGGAGGAGGCGAGAGGAGUCAGGAAGAAAUUUAAGAAAAUCAGACGCAAAUAUUAAUUAUCACAGAGACAUUUGUACAGUUUGAAUAAAGUCUUAACAUAUGA